AUGUCUAUUUCAACUGCUACAGAUGACCGCACUGAAGGUGAUGAUGACACAUCACAAGGAAGUCAACCGAAAGAUGAAAGUAGUGAAUCUGAAAAUGAAACUGAACCUCAAAAUCAGAAUGGUGGAGCAAUGAGUCCUGUAGUACACGAGAUUACUAGUGAUGAUGAAGUAGUUACCAAUGAUGAUGAAUCUUCUAACUCAAGCACUGACUCUAAUGAUAGUUCAGAAGAUUCACAGCAAAGUAAUCGAGAUAGAGAUAAAAAUAAAGGUGAAGAACCUAUGGAAAAUGGGGAAGAAUCAGAUAUUGAAGAAGUUCACAUUGAGGAUCCCCUCAACCAAGCCUCACACAAAAAUAAACCUAUUGUUAUCAAUGAUACUAAAAACUUGGUGGAUCUUGCUUCAAAGCAAACUACUUCUAAUGGUGAUGAUCAAAGUAAAGAGCCUACAGUAGUAAUAAUUGAUACCAAUUCAAUUUUAUCUGGUAAAGGACCUGCAGCCAUACCUAAUAAGAGCAGUACUGGUAGUAUAGAUGCUCAAAACCUUUGUCAGAGCAUCGCAGCUAGAGGCACUACCAUUACACCCAUAAGUAGUAAGACAAAUAAUAAUAAAAGUAAUCAAAAUAGCUCUCAAAACUAUCAAGCCAAUAUUCUGCCAUCACUCACAGAUGAUAUGUUUGUGGUUGAAGCACCAUCGUUUAUUGUUCCUUAUGUUUAUGAGAAGCCUUCAUUAAAACCGUUCCGAGAAUUUGUUGAUAAAUUAGGUAAAGAAUUAGAAGAUAUAAAAGCAAAGGAGGAAGAAGAGAGAUUAGAGAAAGAAAAAGUGGAAAAAGAGAAAAGGGAAAAGGAACGAAAAGAAAAAAUAGAAAGUGGGGAACUUGUAGAAAAUGAAGAAGAUGUUAAGGAAGAGAAAAAAGAAAAUGAAGAACAUAUAAAGGAUAAGAAAGCUGAAAAGAGGCAACAAAGGAGGCGCAGGAAUGAUGAUGAUGAUGAUUCUUGGGAUGGAGAAUCUUCCAGUGACUCUGAUGAAGUUGCUAGUGAUGACGACACAGUGGUUAUUAAAGAUAAAGACAAUACACUGGAUGAUUUAAAAGACUCUAUGGAAAUUAUAACUAAAGGUUCAGCUGGAAAAUCUGAUAGUUACUUUGACUGUUCUCUUGGACAGUUUUUUAUUAAUAUUGGCGUGAACCUAGUCCAAGAAUAUGUACAAAGUGAUCUGUUAAAGACUCAAAACCGUAAAUUAUACAAAGAGAAAAAGUCUGGACGUAGUACACGGGCUACAGAAGCAGCAAUAGCAUCUCUGACUCAAAAUUAUGCUUACAGCAAGAAGCUUAAUGCUCCCUAUGCUUUAACACAAAAGCAGUGUGAAUUUUGUAGUUUCAAGACAGAAUCUAUGCUGGUUAUGUCGCAUCAUUUAGAAGCACCUCAUAUGAAAAACAACAUUUACAAAUGUAAUACAUGUUCCUUCGAAAUUCGAAGCCCACAUGACAUAUUAUUUCAUAUGGAAGCUGAACAUAAUAUUAGAGGUAGAUUAGAGAGAGCUCCAGCUUAUCAACAAUGUCCUAGUUGCCACUUUGAAGACAAUAGCAAAACUAAACUAGCCCGGCAUCUUAUUGCAUGUGCUAAAAAGUUCAAACCAGAAUUUAAUUUAGGGCCACCCUUGGAUUGGGAGCCUCCAGCAAAAAUACCAAAGCUUUCACGGGCACGCAACAAUAUGAUGGCUCCGUACCAAUCAAACUUCAAUCGUACUCAAAUUGGGCUCAGCCCAUUGGGUCGUCCACCGUUAAACAUAUCAAACUCUGUAAUACCCAAUAUGCCAGUUCUGGGUCGGCCAAGAGGUCGCCCUCCAUUGGGUGGGCCUUCUCCUCGAGCACCUGUAUCAGGUGUGCCGAUUAUACGAAGUGGAGUUAUGAUUAUGCAUAAUAAUCAGCCAAGUGGGACCACAAUUUCUAACUAUCCAGUUAUGAACAAUCAGGGAAAUCAUGCUGCCACCCCAAAAAUUUCCAUCACACCUCUCCCGAGGGUUCCACAACCAUCUUCAUCUAAUGCAUCACAAAACUCUAAAGCUACUUUUGUUAUAUGCGAAAUUUGUGAUGGUUACAUCAAGGAUUUGGAACAAUUACGAAAUCACAUGCAGUGGAUCCACAAAGUGAAGAUUCACCCUAAAAUGAUUUACAAUAGGCCACCCCUAAAUUGCCAGAAGUGCCAGUUUAGGUUCUUCACAGACCAAGGGCUGGAGAGGCACUUAUUAGGGUCCCAUGGCCUUGUAACAAGUUCUAUGCAAGAAGCCGCCAAUAAAGGAAAAGAUGCUGGCAGGUGCCCUGUGUGUGGAAGAGUUUAUCAGUGGAAGUUACUUAGCCAUGUCUCGAGGGAUCAUAACAUGACUCUUAAACCAGCACAUCUUUCCUAUAAAUGUACUGUGUGUACUGCUACAUUCGGAAUGUACAAGCAAUUCGAAAAUCACGUUUAUUCAGCGCACAGCGUCGUCGCGAAACGUGUAAUAGAAAAGAAUAAAGGAGCUGCGGCCUCAUCUAAGCCCACCGACAAUGACUCGAUGCUCAAACCCCUCAAGAUCAGCGACGAGAUCACAAUUAUACCUCAGCCUGCAAAGUCAGCUGUGACUAUUACAACAAAGGGGAAAUAG